AUGCUUUUUAUUCUUGAUACUAUGGUGAGUUCUGAUACUACUUCAAUCAGUGCAUCCUCAUUCUUUGGUUUCAUGGGAGUCACUAUGGCAUUGGUAUUAGCAAAUUUGGGAGCAGGAUAUGGAACAUUUAAGGCUGGAGCUGGAAUUGCAGCCAUUGGUAUAUGGAAACCAGAAAUUAUCAUGAAAUCAUUAAUCCCUGUAGUUAUGGCAGGUAUUUUGGGUAUCUAUGGUAUGAUCGUGGCUGUGUUGCUAUCGUAAAAAGUAAAAAAUCCCUUAGAAUACUCUUAUAAAUCUGGUUUUGCUCAUAUGGCCUCUGGAUUAUGUUGUGGAUGUAGUUGUAUUGCAGCAGGAUUUGCUAUAGGAAUUGUUGGAGAUGUUGGUGUCAGGGGAAAUGCAUAAUAAGAAAGGUUAUUCGUAGGAUUGAUUUUAAUCCUCAUUUUCGCAGAAGCAUUGGCCUUGUAUGGUUUAAUUGUGUCAUUGAUCUUAUCGUAAUCAUGAGUAUCAUUAAUAAAAUAUUAAUAAUAAAGCAUCAUCAU